AUGAGCGACGCUGUCGCUGCUGUUGUACCACAGUCCGUUCUCACGACUGUGAAGUUAAUCCACGUCUUUGGCGGGAUCUAUAUAUGGGAGUGGGUUACCACUUUGCGGUUUGAGUGGGAGGUCUUCUCGGGCAAACGAAAUUUCCGUUGGUCGUUCUGCGUCUAUGUCAUCUGCCGGCUGUUUGCGCUCGCGGCCAUCAUCCUCGCAUUCGUCGGGUUCAAUGUUACUUCCGCAAUAAACUGCAAUGCGUGGCUUCGCUCGUUGCUCAUUUUUGCAUGGUUCGGUAUCGGCUUCUCCUCGCUGUUGAUCUUACUGCGAGGAAUUGCCCUGUGGGCCGUCGAUUGGAAGAUCGUGUCAGUCAUGUCAGCAACAUGGCUAACGACGUUUGGAUUUUCGCUCUAUAGUAUACAGCAGGGUCAUGCCGAAUGGUCACCCGCUCUGAAGUCUUGCACGAUCACCGAUACUUAUAGGUACAAAUGGGGCUUGCUUGUAAACCUGGUCGUGGAGAUCAUUCUACUCGGGAUCAUGUUCACUGGCGUGCUGAGCAAACGCAACGGGACUGGUCUAUGGCGCGUGCUCUUCGUGCAGGGGAUCGUAUGGAUGCUUGUCGCAGUCUUCUCCAAGCUUCCCUCAGUGAUCCUGAGCUUCCUGAACAUUGACGACGGGUGGAACCUAAUGUUUCAGUUCCCGCAUCUCGUGAUCAUUAUCAUAGUCGCCACACGAGUGUACCGAGGGCUUGUGGAUUACAUAUCCCCUGCUGGGUCGACGACUUCGAGAUUGCGACCCAUGCAACCCCGUUCAAACAACGAGGCCGCGAUGCAGGUCACAGUCCACAAGACGGUAGAUAUCGAGGUGGACGUCGGGUCACGCCUGUCCGCAUCGCACAUCGGGCGCUCGCGCUUUUUACAGGGGGAUUAUAUAGUAGACGCGUCAGAGCAUGUAAUUUCUCGGGGAGAAAGGGAGGCCAAGGAUAUGCUGUACACACCUCUAUGA